AUGAUCUAUGAAGUUGAAUGGAUUAAUCGUACAGGUCCACCAAUUAUUCUUCUCAAAAUUGCAGGAGCCAAAGCCACUCAAGAAGCAUCAUUCUAUGUUCAACUAAGCUGUCAUCCUUAUAUUGUUCGGACAUUUGGUCUCGUUCAAUGCAAUCCAGGUUCAAUUAUGCUUCUACAAGAACGUGCUCCACAUGGUGAUCUUUGUGAACUGUUACAAGAAAAUGGAUUUAAACCAAAUGAAAGAGUUCUAUUGAAAAUAUUUGAACAAAUAUGUGAUGCUAUGAUAUGUUUAGCUGAUAACGAUAUUGUCCAUGGAGAUUUAGCAUGUAGAAAUGUUCUUGUUUUUCAAUACGAUGCAACUGAUCCAAAUAAAAACUUAGUUAAACUAACAGAUUUCGGUUUAACACGAGGAAGCAAGUUAUACUCAAUUGUUGAUAGUUCCUCCAUGUCAACAAUGACCAUCAUUCCUAUACGAUAUGCUGCUGUAGAGAUUCUACGUGAUUCAAAUAAAUCAAACUAUUCCGAGAAAUCAGAUGUUUAUUCUAUGGGUGUUUUGAUGUGGGAAGCUUGUGCUUAUGGUGAAUUACCUUAUUCUCUGUCGCACGAUGACAAUGAUGAAAAUAUUCCAUGUGAAUAUUGUGAAGAAUUACUUUCAGCAGAACAACUUCGAAUGCAUGAAGUAAGUGAAAAAUUGAGUAUUGUUGCAUAA